CAAUUAUCCCUGAAUAUUAAAUAGACUUACACUACAUUGCUCAUGCUAACUGUAUAGAUUAAAUGCCUAAUAAUUAUUAUUCUAUUAAGGAAGGAUAUAAAAGUAUGGAAGUUGCAACAGAAGCUGUGGAAGGUGACUCUGAGAAAAACCAACAUGCAGAAGAAAAUAAUAACGCAUAUACUACUUCGACAAUACACUUUUUAUCCAAGGGAUUAUUGGAACGCUAUGAACCUGGUUUAACUAAAACAAAAUGUGAACUGGAAGAAUUAACUACUAAACAAGCUGUGCUUAUUGAACAAAUUCAUAAUGAGAAUUUAAAAUUGUCUUGGUCAUUAACCUCGGAAGAACUAAUUUCUAUGUUUAAUUUGAUAAGAGACUAUCAUAGGAAAUUAAUAGAUAUUAAAAGAAACAUGAGACUUCUACAUGAAAGAAGUUCCAAAUUAAAGAGACGAGCUCUCCGUUUACAACAACACAAGGAGAAAGAAAUUUACUUAAAGAAUCAGCAGAUUCAACAUGAACAAAGCUUAAUAGCAGGCUCAAGUAGUAAUUCAUAAAAUAUAAAUAUACAUACACAUUCUAGUUACAAAUCAUAUUGUGCAGUAAUGUUAUAAAUUAUUUUGUUAAAUGGGAUUAAAUAAUACAUAUAAAUAUUUAUUUGAGUA